AUGUCCACGCCACAGCCGGAAACCAAGGCUGAGGCCGAAGCACUGGUGCCUCAGUUCAAGCUCGAGAGGGUUCUCAAUCAAGACCAAAAUGGGCGCCGCAUAUCUCUGCUUGGCAGCAUCGCUGACCAGCCUGCGCUCAUCACUCUCGAACGAGCAGCAUUCCCAUCACAGCCAGAGCUCGUCUCGAGUCUUCUGAGAUCACUCAUCAACACCACCAACCUCGGCGCCAACGACAUUUAUCGAUGGUACAUGGCGAACCGGUCCACGGAAGGAUUCUCGGCGUCUUCCACGGACCCCUCACCAACAUCCUCCUCCUCCCCAUCACCAUCUACAACAUUAUCGCCCUCAGCCAUCCCCGACUUCAAACUCAACCUGAUCUAUCCGUGCUCGCCACAGCACGUCCGUAAAUACUCGGCGCAGCGCGUGCGGAUGGUCACCGAGACACCCUACAUCUACGCGACGCACAUUCAGCCGUACAUGGCGCGUCAACGUGCCGCGGGCCGGCUUGACUGGGUCUUCAACAUCCUUGAGGGGCGCACGGAGCAGGAAGACGUGAUGGCACGCGUGGACUGGGACUCGCCGACCGACACGGGCUUCCUGCUGCUGCCGGACCUGAACUGGGACCGCAAGACCGUCCAGGGCAUGCACCUGCUCGCGCUCGUGCAGCGGCGCGACCUGUGGUCCUUGCGGGAUCUGCGCAAGAAGCACGUACCCUGGCUCAAGACCCUGCGCGAGCAGAUCAUCGCCAACACUGCCGCCUUUUUUCCGGCCGGCCAGCUCGAACCCGACGAGCUCAAGUGCUACCUCCACUACCAACCCACGUACUACCACCUACACGUGCACGUGGUACACGUCAUGCUGGAGGCUGGCACGACGCAGAGCGUGGGCAAGGCCUUUGGGCUGGGCAAUGUGAUUGCGCAGCUGGAGAGCAUGGCGGGUGACGAUGACGAGGCCGGCAUGCACCAGGUCGAUCUGCAUUAUUUCCUGGGGGAGGAGAAUGAGUUGUGGAAGAAGUGUUUUGGGCCGUUGAAGACGGGCGAGGUCGUGGACUUGAAUGUUUGA